GACUCAUUCACUCAUCUCUCCAUUCACAAAUAUUUCUUCUCUCUCUCUGCCUAUACAUACAAUUUCUCUGCAAAAAGAAUCGAAGUUUGUUGAACUUGAAUUAUCGUUUGAGUAGAAAAAUGGCUUACUUGAGAGUUGUUGCUGUUAUGAUGUUGGCCUUGAUGGCUGGAUCUGCCUUUGCUCAGGCUCCAGGAGCCGCACCAGCUGCUUCACCGAAGAGAUCUCCAUCUCCGGUCGCAUCUCCGCCGCAGGAGGUGCCGGCACCGCGUUCUUCUCCAGUGUCCUCGCCGGCUCAGACUCCAUCUGCCGCCGCUCCUUCUGAGUCACCACUCUCUUCUCCACCGGCUCCUCCCACCGGCACUCCUGCCGUGUCCCCCGUCUCCUCCGUCGCUAAUCCUCCAUCCAUCGCACAGACUCCCGCAGGCGAUGCUCCUUCCUCCCCUCCCAACGCCGCCGCUUUGAACAGAGUCGCUCUCGCCGGAUCUGCUGGUUUGGCGUUCGUCGCUGCCGCUUUGCUGUUCUAAAUUCUCUGAUCUGCCUGAGAUUCUUUUCACACACACCGGAGUUGAUGAUUUAGGGGUCUAUAUACUCAUAUUUUAUUGUAUUCUUUGUAUUCAUUGAUUUUGACGGUGGUGAUCACAGCGAUUGAGGAGAUUUAGAUCAUUAUUGUUACCAUGAUUUAUAUUAUUAUGAUUUUUAGCAUUUAUUAUCGUAA